ACCAGCAGCUGCAGCUAAAAAUAGGUGAGAAGGGGCCACAUCUUUGGGACAGCAGAGGGGAGAGCUCUGUCCCGUCUCUGGCUGCGCGGGUGGACACGAUGUGGUCGCUGCGCUUCAUUUCUGCGGAGGCCCUGGUGUCCCACCCCCGGGUGGCCCAGCAGAGCCUGGACGGCGUGGCCUGCAACAUCUACCCGCUGCUCUUCAAAGCCAGCUACUUGCUGGAGCAGGCAGAGGUGAUCCGCGUCCUGCUGGAGCACUGGCCACUGGAGGACUUCCGGCUGGGCGCUCUGCUGAGGCCAAACGCCGACCACCCCGGGGACCUGAGGGACCGGGCCUGCCGGGCCUGCCUAGAGGCCUGCGUGCGGGGCCUCGCGGAUCAUGUGCGCCGGGGCGGGGCCGGGCGGCGGCUGGAGGUGGCCGACCUCACGGGCAUCCGGGACGUGCAGGUGCAGCGCUGCCCCUGCGGGAAGGCGCUGGGCAGGUGGGGCCGCACCGAGCUGCUGGCCAGGACCUGCUGCGAGCUGCAGGGGGAGCCCCGCGCGGCCCGGCGCCCUGUCGAGGUCCUCGCGGACAUCUUUGUCACCGGGGGCAACUUCGAGGCGGUGCUGCGGGCCCUGGGGCCGCCGGGCUCUGCCCCACUGCGCGUGCGCUGCCUCUCCUUCCGCGCGGACAGCCUGCGGCCCGGGCAGCUGCUGCACGUGCUGCGCCUGGCGGGGCCCAGCGAGCUGCGGCGCCUGGAGGUGGUGCACAACGUGCGGCUGCACGCUGGCCACGUGCAGGAGCUGCUGGCCCAGGUGGGCUUCCCGCGGCUGGUUGCCCUCACCCUGCCCGCCAAGGCCUUCGACGCGCCCCCUGCCAGCUCCGCCACCUCCCACGGCGAGGCCGCGCUCCUCACCUCCAUCGCCCGGGAGCUCAGCCGAAUGACGCAGCUCACGGAACUGAGCGUGGCCUUCUCCACGCUGACCGGGAAGAUCGAGAAACUGCUCGGCCCCCUGAGGACCCCGCUGAGGGUGCUGGACCUGGCCAACUGCUCCCUGAACCACGCGGACAUGGCCUUCUUGGCGGACUGCCCCCACGCCGCCCACCUGGAGGUGCUGGACCUCAGUGGGCACUGCCUAGUGGACCUGUUCCCCUCCACCUUCUUCCGGCUGCUGGGCCGGGCCGCGCCGUCGCUGAGGGCCCUGACCCUGGAGGAGUGUGGCAUCGAGGACCGCCACGUGGGCGGCCUGAUCCUGGCCCUGAGUGCCUGCCGCCGGCUGCGGGAGCUGCGCUUCCUGGGAAACCCACUGUCGGCCCGCGCGCUCAGGCGCCUCUUCGCCUCUGCUCUCUGCGAGCUCCCCAUGCUGCAGUGCGUGGAGUUCCCGGUGCCCAAGGACUGCUACCCCGAGGGCAGCGCCUACCCCCAGGACGAGCUGGCCAUGUCCAAGUUCGACCAGCAGAAAUACGACGUGAUCGCGGAGGAGCUGCGCGCGGUGCUGCUGCGGGCCGGCCGCGCCGACGUCCGCGUCUCCACCCCCCUCUUCGGAAGCUUUGACCCGGACAUUCAGGAAACGAGCAAUGAACUUGGAGCUUUCUUGCUGCAGGCUUUCAGAACUGCUCUUGAAAACUUUUCCAAAGCACUGAAGCAAAUGGAAUAGGCCCUGGACGGUCCGAGGCGGGUCUGCCUCCGCGGCUCAUGCCCUGGGGCCCCAGGCUGAGCGUGGACCCCUCAGCGCCGUGGAAGCAUCUUGGCAAAAGCUGCACGCGGCAUCCUUCAGGCGCCGCCGGAGCAGAAACCCUGCCUCCAGGAGCUGUGACGCGGCCGCUCAGGGUCAAGGCCGCUGAGCGCCACCCUGGAGCAGGACGCCGGGGGUGGGGGGGUGGGCAGAAGCACCCAGCAGCAGCGGCAGCGGGCCUGGUCACCGUGCAAUGGGCUGCGUGUGGUGCAGGCUGCGGGCGCGGGGAGGUCCGGGGAGGACGUGAGCUUAGGUUGUUAAUGGCUCUGUUCUGGCCCGUGGUGCCAGGCUGAGCCCUAGGGCACAGGGCGGCCUCCAGCUUAAGGCAGGACUGCAGUGGCCCACCCGACGUGCAGUUAUCUAAGCCCUGGUGCUUGAGGAGGGCUUAAUUCUGAAGUUUAAGUCCAGGUCCGGUUUCAACAAAGAGCCAAUUUGUGCAAAGGGCUGAACAUUAGGGUAAUUAAACGCUAAUAAAACAGAAGUAUGGCUUA